UGGGGUUGUGUAUUAGUUUUAAUGGCUCCAAACCCACAGGAGGGAGCCUCAUUUGUCAGCCUUGCGCUAUGGCAUUGGAUGCAACCAUUGAUUAACCUUGCGAACAAAAGGCCUCUAGAGAUGGAUGAUUUAUAUGAUCUUUGCAAAGAGGAGACCACUGUUUUCAGCGACAAGCGCUGGAACAAAGCCAGGGAGAAGAACAAGAAAGGGUCUGUAUGGAGAGUGAUGCUCUGGUUUCAAGGAAGAAAACUUUUGUGUUAUGCUAUGACCACCAGGAUUCUGUGGCUUGCUUGUGGAAUCUUACAGGUCUACGCGGUCAAAGCUUUGGUACUGACCGUUGAACACCCGUCUUCCAUGAGAUGGUGGAAAGGGUUUGUACUGCUGCUCGCGGCGGUCGUGUUUCCACUCUUGCAAAUGCUGUGUCAAAGCUAUCUCUCGGUCGCGUUUAUAAGGCUUGGCGUGCAAAUUCGAGCAGCGGUGUGCAUGGCCGUGUUUAACAAGAUCCUUGUCAUGAAUGCGGUGUCGCUCAGCCACACAAGCAAUGGCCAGCUUCUCAACAUUAUCGGGAAUGACAUGCAAAAGCUCAUGGACUUUUUGAAUGCCUUUCCCUUCGUUGCUGUGCUGAUCAUCGAUGUGCUGGUUAUCACUGGUGUUGCGGCGUAUGAGAUUGGGAUCUCAGCAAUUCCUGGGAUACUGAUAAUUCUCCUGGCACAAUUCUUUCAAAUUGGACUUGGGAGGAGGAUCAAGAGCCUCAGGAGGAGAGCACUGGUGUUCAUCGAUGCCAGAGUCCGAAUGGUCGGGGACGUGGUGACGGGAAUUAGAGUGAUCAAAUACAAUGGUUGGGUUGUGCCAUUCUUGAAGCAAAUAGCCAUCACUCGGGCCCGGGAGCUAAGCUGGAUAGCAAAAGCAUCUUUUAUGCGGGGAGUGGCCACGGCUGUCGGGGAUGCUUACGUACCAUUAGCUUGUUUGGCCACCUUUGGCGUCUAUGUUUUGCUCCACGGGGGGAAUCUAAACGCAAAAAGUACAUUUACAGUUUUGCCCUUCUUGGGAGUCUUGUAUAAAUCAGCCGGCUCAGCAAGACCAGGGUUCUUAAUAUUUGGAGAAGCAAUGAUAGGCAUGGAUCGUGUACAGAGAUUUCUUAAUAUCCAUGUUGAGAACACCAAAAAAUCUGCAUUGCACGCAAAUGCAACGGUCAAGGCAGUAAGCUGCUCUUUCACCUGGGAACCCUCGGGCACUAAAGGAUCCAGCAGGCAACUUGGUCAACCAGUUCUAAGAAACAUCAACCUUGAGGCUAGAAAAGGUGAGCUAGUUGCCAUUGUGGGAUCCACUGGGAGUGGAAAGAGUUCUUUGCUUCUGGGACUGCUAGGCGAACUAAAGGUACUCAGAGGCUCUUACAGUUUACAACAAGAUGCUGUUUAUGUACCGCAACAGCCAUGGAUAAUAAAUGACACUGUUCGUAAUAACAUUCUUUUCGGCAGUGAUUUUGAUUUGGAGCGAUAUCAAAGUGUUCUCUCUGCGUGUGCUUUGGAUCAGGAUGCAUCUUGCUUCCCAAAUGGGAGCGAAUCUGAAAUCGGUGAAAGAGGAAUAAACUUAAGUGGCGGACAGAAAGCUCGCAUAAGUUUAGCCCGGGCAUGCUACAAUGCCUCACCAAUUGUUCUUGUGGACGAUCCAUUUGCGGCGGUGGAUGUUCCAACAACACAGCAUUUGAUCCAGCACGUCUUGGGUGGCGUUCUCAAGGGCCGAACGGUGAUCAUCGUCACCAACAACGAGAUGUGCUUGACAAUGUGUAACAAAGUUUACCGCCUCGAGUAUUCCACCCUACAUCUCAGCGAGGCCGAGAAGGAGAUCAACCGAGGCCUGGUCAGUUACAACACUAGAUCAUCCCUUGAGAGCUCCCAGCAAUCGAUUGAACAUACCUCUCCCGUGGUUCUAAACACCACCAAUGCUCAACUCCAAGGAUCUAGUGGAUCGCUGGUCAAGAAAGAGAUCAGUCUGGCAAGUAGAGGAAUCGCUGCAAAAGACUUGAAGGAGUACUUUAAUACAAUGGGAUGGGCACUGGUCAUCCUUGUGGGAAUAACCUUUGUUAUCACGCAGUGUGCUUUAACGGCUGGGGAUUACUGGCUAAGUGUGUGGACGGAUAAAAAAUACAACUUGCAAGCAGGUCUAUAUGUUGCAAUUUAUGCUGCUCUUGCAGUUGGGUUCCUCAUUUUUGCUUCACUUCGAGUCUCUCUAUUUACUGAAGCCACAAACAAUGCUGCGAGGAAGUUACACUCGAAAAUGGCUGAGAAUAUCUUACGCUCGCCCGUCACCUUUUUUGAUCACAACCCCACAGGGAGGAUUAUCAACAGGUUUACAAAGGAUCAGUCAGCAGUGGAUGAAAUACUACCUUUUACUUUGCAACAAGUUAUCGCAUUCGUUGGCUCUUGCUUGGGGGCACUUGCUUUGAUUGCCAUUCUCUUGCCGUGGUUUAUGCUCGUCACUCCAAUUUACCUUAUGGUUUUUAUAUACAUGAGGCAAAGAUAUGUGGCUAUUUGCUGCGAUGUGAAAAGACUUGAUGGAGUGUCUAGAUCUGCCGUUUAUGCACAUUUGGUUGAGUCUAUUGAAGGAGUUGUUUCUAUCAGAGCUUAUGGAGCCGAGAAAAGAUUCAUGGAUCGUUUUGUUAAUCUGGUAGACAAAAACAACCAAGCAGGCAUGAUGUACGCGCAUGCGUCGAGAUGGUUCGCUACGAGGAUGGAGAUGACGGUGAUUUUCAACUUGGCAGUGGUGGCUGCAUUUGUGAUUGCACUACGAAACUCCAUAUCUCCUGGAAUUGCAGGAAUAAUACUGGUUCAGAGCCUGAAAUUGUCGGGACUUUUCCAGUUUACAGUCCGAAGCAGUGCAGAAGCCGAGAACCAGUUUACGAGCGUGGAGCGUAUACAAGAGUACACACAUUUGCCUGUGGAGCCGGAUUGCAAAGACUCGAGCAAAUUAUCUGUCCCCAACGAGUGGCCCCACCAAGGAACCAUUGAGUUUAGGAAUUACACCAUGGCGUACAGAGAGGAUCUAUCACCGGCCCUCAACAACAUCUCCUUCACGGUGGAAGGAGGAGAGAAGCUUGGGAUUCUGGGAAGAACUGGCAGUGGCAAAUCGAGCCUUGUCGCUGCCAUCUUCCGGAUGGUCCAGAACGACGCGUGCAGUGGCUCCAUAAUAAUCGACGAUCUUGAUAUCCAGAAAGUUAAGCUGGACGACUUGAGGCGGAGACUAUCGAUCAUCCCGCAAGAUCCUGUCUUGUUCCGCGGCAGCCUUAGGUUCAACUUGGAUCCUUUCUCCGAGCACAGCGACAAGGACAUGUACGAGGCCCUGGCCAGGGUUCACGUCGCGGAAAAGGUGAAGAGCAUUGGAAAUGGAUUGGAUAGCGAGGUUACAGAGAAUGGAAACAACUUCAGCCUUGGAGAAAGGCAGCUCAUAUGCUUGGCCAGAACUCUACUACGAAAGUCUCGCAUUGUCAUACUCGACGAGGCCACCGCAGCUAUUGACAACAAGACGGACAGACUUAUCCAGUCUACAAUGCGCGAAGUUUUCGAGAGCUGCACUUGUUUAACAGUGGCUCACAGGAUCAACACCAUAAUUGACUGCGGCAUGGUGCUUGUUUUGGAUACAGGGGGUCAUGUUGUGGAGUAUGAUUCACCCUAUAAUCUUCUCAAGGCAGAAGAAGUUUCAACAGAUUCUAAGCCAGGUGUCUUUGCAAAUAUGGUAGCACAGUGUGGAGAAACUAUAGCAGCAGAGCUAACAAGAAUGGCUGAAGAUGCAAUGGUUGCAAGACAACAAAACCAAAUAUAAAAACUUUAAUUAAUAAUUAAGGCAACAUCUCUGUGCCUUUCCAAAUAAUAAUAAUAAUUAUGCC